AUGAAGACCCACCGCAAAUCUUCAGUAGGCACCAUGAGGAAAUAUUAUCAAUUAAUACUCAUCGUCGUCUGUUUUCUAAGUAUUGUGACGCUUUUAAUGUACCGACAUGAAUACUACAAAUUACGCUAUGUCCUCGAAGUACUUAAUAUUUUUGGAAAACCAGGUCUUUCGGAGAUCGAAUUCUGCGGGCCCGGCUUCAAUGCGACUUUGUUAUCCGAGAUAUUAAGGAAUUCUUCUCUGGAAGUAAAAGAAACACCGCCGUUAUUUCAAGAAAUUAAUGAAGAUUUUUAUUCCUAUUCAUCGUUUCUUCGUUCAUAUCAAAAAUACGAAGACCUAUCGCCAAAAUAUGCGCACGUUAUUAACACUAUCGUCAUUGGUAAAGCGCAUGUUAUACCCAAUUUUCGAUGCUAUAUUUGGCAUGAAAAUGUUCCAAAACCAAAAUCUGGUAGGUUUAACUACAAAAUUUCAUCUGAGCCUAUAAAUAAUUUCAGACUCUAUGUCUUUGAAUGCUCUAUGAACAAAGACUUUGGCAGACCAAAUGGAGUUAGUUUUUUCAUAAAUGAUUAUAAUAUCAAUCCCUUGCAUGCUCCGAUUAAUAGAUUAAUUCAAGUAAAUACUAAGAGAAAAUUGCAACAGAGAAGUAAUAUUAGAUUUGUCAAUACAGUUAUACCAGCAGUAUGUGUUAUUCCUAAUCAAAUUCCUAUGGUAUCACGAGAUGCCUUUAUUGAGUUUUUAGUUUUACACCACUUGGUUGGUGUAGACUACUUCACAAUUUAUGAUAGUAUGGUUUCUGAAGAUGUUAUAAGAAGACUUAAUUUAUUUCCCCCUGACAUAGCACAGUGGAAUAUCCAAUUUUAUCCCUUAAACUAUCCCUUUAUUUUUUCUAAAUCAUACCAAAUUGUAAGAAAUGCUAUAGAGUUAGAUUGUAUAUUCCGCCAUUUUCAAUUUGACAAAGAAGAAGCAAAUAAAGUUAGUCAUGUAACUGUGUUAGCUUGGGAUGAAUUCCUUGUACCUAGAGUUCAUAACUCUAUACAAGCAUUAUUAAGAGAUUAUGACCCUAUGUUAACAUUUCGAACGUCUAUCGUGAAUACUUUAAUAUUUUGUUUGAACCAAAAUGAUGAUGAUAAUGCAGAUAUUGGGUAUCCUGACAUCAUGAAAAAAACACAUUAUUAUUCUGUGCCACAAGAGAAACAACAAAUAGAAAUUCGCAAUUUAGAUACAAUGAUAUCUUUUGAUGAUAUAUUCAAUUUAACAUCCAAUAUCAAAUCAAUUUCUAUAGAUAUGUUGGGUGUACAUAAAUACACUAUAUGUGGCAAUCCAAAAAAGUUUGACAUAGAUGGAUAUAAUGAAACAGAAAUGCAGGUCUUUCAACACAAAUUUGAAGGUGCCAUGUUAAAGUUUGGUGACAGAAUUGUCAGUGAUAAGAUAUACAGGUUGUACAGAUCAGGACAGAUUUGGGAGAAAAAUAACCAUGGAAAUGUUAGAGAUAUGCUUUGA